GUCAGAUAGCUUUUUCAAAACGCUAACGCUGAUGCCAAACGGGGCCCUAAAUCAAAUAAGAAAUCUUUUUCUUUGGUAAAAAAAGGGAAUAUUUUUAUAUUCAGGGAGUAUAUAUAUGUUUCAUUAAAUGGAGUAAAUGGAAUAAGUAUGGAGUAAAAUAAAAAAAAAGAAAGAAAGAAGAUAGCGUGUGAUUUUAUUUUUGGAAAAAUAAAGAGCCUGGGUAAACUGUAAAGUAGAGGUCUACUCCGAGCAAACAGUAGUGGUCACUGCCGGGUGGACUCCAUGGCCGGAAGAAAACGGUUGAAACGCGCCGCAACCGCAUUUGAAGAAGAGCCGGCGGUCGGAAUCGAUCUGGGAACCACUUAUUCCUGCGUUGGAGUAUGGCGGCCACAGCACAACCGUGUUGAGAUCAUCCCCAACGAUUUAGGGAACCGUACGACGCCGUCAUGGGUUGCCUUCACCGACGUCCAGCGCCUUGUAGGCGAAUCUGCCCAGAACCAGGCCCCCAUGAAUCCCUCCAAUACCAUCUUCGAUGUGAAGAGGCUGAUAGGCAGAAAGUUUAGUGAUGUAACGGUGCAAAACGACUUGAAGCUCUGGCCUUUUAAGGUCAUCCCUGGCACCAAUGGCAGUAGUGGUGGUGGAAAGAAACCAAUGAUAUCUGUCACUUACAAAGGUGAAGAGAAGCUAUUCGCCGCUGAGGAGAUAUCUUCAAUGAUCCUCCAUAAGAUGAAGAGUAUUGCUGAGGCCUAUCUAGGCAAACAAGUCAAGAAUGCUGUUAUCACCGUUCCUGCCUACUUCAAUGAUGGCCAGCGCCAAGCAACAAAAGAUGCUGGUUUCAUUGCCGGGAUUAAUGUGCUGCGCAUCAUCAAUGAGCCCACAGCUGCUGCAAUUGCCUAUGGUCUUGACAACAAAAUAUCCAAAAGUGGUAGUUCUGCUUCAAAGAACAUACUGGUUUUUGAUCUCGGUGGUGGGACUUUUGAUGUCUCCAUUGUUACAAUGGAGAAGGAUAUGUUUGAAGUUAAGGCAGUUAAAGGGGACACCCACCUUGGGGGAGGAGAUUUCAAUAACAGGAUGGUGAGCCACUUUGUAGCUGAAUUUGAAAGGAAACACAAGAAAGACAUCAGUGCAAAUCCCAGGGCUCUAGGGCGCUUAAGAGCAGCUUGUGAAAGGGCCAAAAGAACCCUCUCUGCAACUACUGAAACAUCUCUUGAUAUUGAGUGUCUAUUAGAGGGCAUCGAUUUCUCUUCAAACAUCACUCGCGCACGGUUUGAGAAAAUGAAUUUGGAUCUGUUCAAUAACUGUAUUGAGCUAGUUGAGAAUUGUUUGAAAGAUGCCAAAAUGGAGAAGAGCCACAUUCAUGACAUUGUUCUCGUUGGUGGGUCCUCCCGUAUCCCAAAGGUUGAAGAAUUGGUACAAAAGCUCUUCUCUGGAAACAAGUUCUAUAAGAGUAUAAACCCAGAUGAGGCUGUUGCCUGUGGAGCAGCUUUUCAUGCUGCAUCUCUCACCGGUGCCUGUUUGGGUGUGAAUAAGGAUGUUGUCCUUUUGGAUGUUGCUCCAUUAUCUCUUGGGAUUAGGCUGCAGGGAGGUGAAAUGUCUGUUGUGAUUCCAAGGAAUACCCCCAUCCCUACAAAGAGGACAAAGCACAAUUACACAAAUGCUCAUGACAAUCAAACAUCUGCUUUGUUCUCUGUGUAUGAGGGAGAAAUGCCAAUAGCAAAAGACAACUAUUUCUUGGGAGAAUUUUCCCUCCACAACGUUCCUCCAGUGCCCAGAGAUGUUGCUAAGUUUGAUGUUGAUUUUAAAAUCGAUGCCAAUGGCAUCUUGACUGUGUCUGCAGUGCUGACGGGUAGUGACAAUAGGGACCAAAUCACCAUAACCAAUCACAGCGCUAGGUUGUCGAAGAAGGAGAUCGAUCGGAUGGUGAAGGAGGCUGAGGAGUACAAGGCUCAAGAUGAGGAGCGCAAGAAGGCAUCAGUGGCUAAAAAUGCAUUGGAGAAUUACAUUCACCACUUGAGGGGCACGUUGAGUAAAUUUGGAUAUAGGGUUGAGACGAAGGACAGAGUAAUUCUGCGAGAAGCAGUUGAGAAAACAGUCUGUUGGUUGGAGUGGAAUUACCUUCUCGGCGAUGCUCUCAAGUUCGAGGAAAAGAUGAAGGAGCUCGCAGUCAUAUGUGAGCCUCUUAUUACAAAGAUGGUGGAGUCUCGGCAGGGAAGUGUCAAGGUUGAGAUCAUUGACAUAGACGACUGACUAGUGGGCACUGAGAUGAAUCCUGAAACUCAGUUUUAUCAGGUUCAGAUUAUGGCAUGUUCUAAACUUUUUGUUAGGCAGUAUACUUAAACUUUAGUUGGCUAAUGAAUCUUGAAACUCGUUCUUGUUUCGCAGUUGUGGUCUUUUGAUUUCUCUGGUGCAGUACGCAAGAACUUCACCGGAAUUUUGUACAUCCAUGUAACGAACCCCUUGUUAAUUUUAUGCUUAAAUUGCUAAUCUUGGUUGCACCUCCCCGAGUUUUAGUCCCAUUUUAUGGGUAACAUUCCAUCGUGUUGUCUUCAUUUCUGCUUGUUCUUUGUCCAAUUCUACUGAUGUUCCCUUGUAUGAUUCUUUGUGACUCACUCUCUCUUAACAUAUCUCAGUUGUUUAAUAGAAAACCCUGGAUCCUAAGUUGAACAAGCAUGUUUCCCCUUAUUGUCAUUGAAUACAUUGUUGCAUGUAUUUUUCCACAUUCCCUUGCUUUCCUAAAACUAAGUGAACAACAACAACAACAACAACCCAGUUAAAUCCCACAAGAGUAGGGUUUGGGGAGGGUGUGUGUACGCAGACCUUGCCCCUACUCGAAAGUAGAGAGGCUGUUUCCAAAGAGACCCCCGGCUCAACAUCGAAAGUUGCAGUGUUUGACUAACUGCUACUUCAUUAAUUAAAGAAGCGCAGAUAGUUUAGAGAUCCAUUUUGAUUUAUUCCAUCACACCCCAAAGCCAAAAAUGGUGAAAUUUUGACUCCAUCAGAGAUGAUGGAAAAGAAUAACUUUAUCUAUGGUCUGAACUCUGAUGGUCUUCUANGUUGCAUGUAUUUUUCCACAUUCCCUUGCUUUCCUAAAACUAAGUGAACAACAACAACAACAACAACCCAGUUAAAUCCCACAAGAGUAGGGUUUGGGGAGGGUGUGUGUACGCAGACCUUGCCCCUACUCGAAAGUAGAGAGGCUGUUUCCAAAGAGACCCCCGGCUCAACAUCGAAAGUUGCAGUGUUUGACUAACUGCUACUUCAUUAAUUAAAGAAGCGCAGAUAGUUUAGAGAUCCAUUUUGAUUUAUUCCAUCACACCCCAAAGCCAAAAAUGGUGAAAUUUUGACUCCAUCAGAGAUGAUGGAAAAGAAUAACUUUAUCUAUGGUCU